AUGGAUUCAGCAGAGCGAGCCGCACGACAUAAGGAGCUCAUCAAAUCCGCGCGUCAAGCCUACAGGCGUGCUAGGCAGCAAUCAAGUGAAGAGAUAUACGAUACGCCUCAGUAUUGGAGAACAACGCAGACAGUUCUAGAUACAGAGGAUGCUGUCAAGGAUUUGGUAUGGCAACGUAGAAGUGAAACGCUUUCUUCCGAAGAUCAUACAUUUGAACAAGCAAAGCGGGAGUACUUGAAACAGAAAAAGGAAAGAGAGGAGAGACGACGAUCUGCUAUGAGGAGAGAAGAACGAUAUCAAAAGCGAGAAAAAGUUCUAAACUUUCCAAAGACCAACAACAGAGCUACGCUACGAGCAGCAUAUGUUGACCUCUUUCUCAGUAUCCGAGGAAAAACCUCCCGAGACAAGCAGAACGACUUCAUCGCAUCAAUCAAGGCGGCUUACGGGUCCAAGCAGCUAGGGAACCAGACAACUUACUGCAAUGUCUUGACGGGAGGCUGGCAUGUGAGACAAUAUUUUGUUGCAGCACACAUAUUCCCACUGUCUUACGGCCAACAAGCAAUGGACAACAUCUUUGGGAAGGAUGUCCAUGGAGAGAUCAAUACUGCAAGAAACGGUCUUUUUCUUCCAUCCGAAUUUGAACAAGCUUUUGAUGCAUACCAAGUUGUGAUUGUACCAUAUGGCCCUGUUACGAGUGAGCCACGAGAGUGGCAAGUUAUUCUUCUUGAUCACUCGGGCCUGAAAGACGUUCCCGUCUGUGGAAUGACAUUUGCACAACUACACCAGAAAAAAUUGAUCUUCGCCACUGAUGCCAGGCCUCGAGCUCGUUAUUUCUACUUCCAUUUCAUACUUGCCAUGAUAUCUCAUUACCGUGCCCAUAAGUCUGUCGGCGUGGUCAAAAGUGAACUUCCGGAUUCGAUGAUACCAUCUUUGACCCGAGCGUGGGGCAGCGAGGGUAGUUACUUAGCCGACAAUGUGAUUCAUGGGUUCAUAGAGAAGGUUGGCCACGAAAUUCCUGCAGAGCUUCAAAAAAAUAUGCAGAGUCAGGGGUUUCGUGGAUCGUUCGACACAGAGUCGGAAAUUGAUGAGAUUCGCGAGGCUACUAAAGGAAUAGAUUUGCGAAGUGAUGCGGAAGAAAGUGAUAGCGAUGACGACGACGAUGAUUUUUAUGAUGCUGAAGAUUGGGAGGAUAAAGAAACCAUAGAUGAUGUGGACGAAGAGUAG